AUGAACGCCGGAAGCAUGUCUCCAUCAACAUCAGGGUCUCCCGUGGAGGAGCACACUCCACCCACCGGUGAAACUACGCCCCCUCAACAGUAUGACUUGGAAUCUGAAGCGCCGACGAGCGUAGACGACCUUUUUCAAUUACAAGAUGCUCCGUUGAGUCCCCCACCUGGCUCUCAGCAGUUGGGAUGGCAAGAUCUGCCAAAUGUUGGAACGUCAUCUCUAAGCCCUCUGGAUCAUACUAUGCCAGGAACACUAGAACCUGAAGAAGCUGCUGAUACUUCAGAGCCUCCCCCACCAUACGAGGAUAACUACCUUGCCUAUGAAAGGCAGCUUGAGCUCUGCAAAUUUGGGCUGGCUCUCGCGAGACUUAGCCCUCCACCCGGCUGGAAGGCCUAUUCUUACCGGUUGGAGGGGCCUCAUUUCGAUAUAGACCGUAGAUACACCUUCACUGUAACCGGGUGUUAUGUGGAGGUACAUAGCUGUAAAGAUUAUGUUUCCCAAGCAUUUGGACCGACUGCGCGAGAGCUUUUGGAUGUAAUCGACUCAGCUAUACAUAACCCCUGGACUACAUACGCAUCUGAUAUCAUCAGAUUCAUCGCAACACCGGAAGAAUCGGCCACGAUUACGGUGGUACUCCCACAAGACAUACCUGGAUUCCAUCCCAUGAUGAUGUGGCUUUGCUCUGUCUUCCGCGAGCCAAUCCCGGGGACGGUCUCGCUUUCAUAUUGCAAGGCAAGAGACGGCUAUGCUUUUGAACCAGCGCCUUUGCGACCGGUACCCAUCCGGUCUAGCCUAUAUCGCUGCUGCACUGCACUGUUCGGUUAUCCCGUUGUCAUUGCUGCGAGCCCAACUACUACCUAUACUCAAGAGUUUGGGUUAGAUGUUGAUGUUCUGUUCCUUAAGUCCCGUCUCGCAAACCGCAAUUUGCAUAUCUCCGUCCUGAAUACUACGGACGAUGAAGAGCUCUACUGGUCACUUGAGAUGGUUUCUCUUUGGGCGCAUAUUUCUGCCCCGGCCGUGGAGCGAAACUGGGGAAGGUCCAAAAGGGCACGCAUACACUACUGUCCGUGUUGUAUGAUCGAGGGAUGUUGGUGUCCAUUAUGCAGGGAUACAUGGAAUCUAGAACAGUUCACAGCAUGA